AUGGAGUAUCUGGACGGGCGCGACACGCACAGCUCCGCGCUGGCGCGAAAGCUCUUCGCCGUGGACGGAAUCCGCAGCGUUUUCUACGGCCCGGACUUCAUCACGGUUACGAAGAACGAGGAUGUCAAUUGGGCGCAUGUUAAGCCCGAGGUGUUCUCGCUCAUCACCGAGGCGCUGAACAGUGGGCAGCCGGUUGUUACGGAGGGGGAGACGUCGAUGGCCGCCGAUACCGCGCCGGCGGAGGGGGAUACCGAGGUGGUGGCGAUGAUCAAGGAAUUGCUUGACACGCGAAUUCGUCCGGCCAUCCAGGAGGAUGGUGGAGAUAUUGAGUUCCGCGGCUUCGAUGUCGACAAGGGCGAGGUGCUCUUGAAGCUCAGGGGCGCGUGUAGGACCUGUGAUUCGAGCACUGUCACGUUGAAGAACGGGAUCGAGAGCAUGUUGAUGCACUACGUGAGUUCGCCUCGAGGUUUGUUCAGACGGUCCGGACGCUGACGAAUGCAGAUCGAGGAAGUCAAGAUGGUGACCCAGGUUAUGGACCAGGAGGAGGAGAUCGCAGUGAAAGAAUUCGAGAAAUUCGAAGAGAAGCUGAGGAAAGUCAAAGGGUCGGCGGUGUAGAUGGGUUGUGCGAGCGCUUACGUUUUUCAAAGGAUGCACCAAAUGUUCGGCCUAAAGGGAUAGCGGUGGCUGCUGGGGGAUGAAGUCGGACAGACCACCCGUCAUCUAUCCAUCUAUGUAGAUGUAGUUUGCAAUGCUACUGUGAUAUCA